CGGCACAUUAAACGAUAAAUUGUUGUGUGCUACCCAAUUGAAAAUUGUAGUGUGCUGGUCACAGAAGAUACACGUUAAAUUGGUUUAUUUUGGUGGCAAGAUCGAGGCAAUAUGUAUCAAGCAGGGCUCAUCUGUCGAGGAAUAUUUUCUACAAAUAAAACAUGUUUGUCCAAAAGCUUAAAGACCUUUUUAAGAAGAAGACAAUUCUGUAGCAGUGCUGAUGUCACUAGCAUCACUGGAAACACUCUGAACAACGCUGUAGAUAACCACAGCAACACUGCUGACAGAACUAACAGUUCUUCAGACAGCCUUAACAAUUCUACAGAUAGGCUAAAUAGUACUGCCAUUGACCAAAACAGUGCUGCAGAUAGUCAAAUUAGUUCCAGAAAUAGUGCUAAUGAAAGAGACAAUGGCAACAUAUCAGAUAUCGACAAUGAUGUUAUACCUUUGUACCAAUACAAAGGAAAUAUAAGACAAUAUAAACUGGAAAAAGCGAAAGAGUUUAUGGAUAACUUGAGCCCUGAAUUGAUGGAGAAGAAAGUGAAAAUUGAAGCAAUGAUAGAAGGAAUGACUAUAUCAAAUGCUCUGGUGCCAGAUAAAAUUGACCUUGUUGACUGGCAACAUUUGCUUGGAAUGAACCCCAAUUACAAUAGAAUAUUAAAGUACUGUAAAUACUUAUUUUUGAAUGAAAAGUCCAAAGAAAGUAAAACAAAAAAGAAGAUAGAGAGGAGAGAAGAAAUGAAAGAAAAGGAUCCGAUGUCUCUGGAUUUCGACCAGUAUUGCUUACCCUCCUUUGAGAGAACUAUGUUCAUGAGGAAUUGGAGACGUCUUAGAUGCUUAACAAGUAAUAUCCCAGUAAUACUUGACUUCAAUUAUCCUGAUGUCACUAUUCGUGAAAAGGUGCAGGCCGUGAAACAGCUGCAACACGUCUUUCAUGUUAACUAUGAACACCCUCAACCAUGUCAUCUUCACAUGACAAGUGUGAUGGAUAACGAUUCUUUGAAGCAGCACCUGGAGGUGAAGGGGGACACCUUGUGUGGAACCAUCCACAAGAAACCCUUCUGGGAGGUGUUUCCAAAGGACAAUUUAGUAUACCUGACUCCAGAUGGUCCUGAGUUAAAUAAUUUUACGGGAGAUGAGAUUUUUAUCGUUGGAGCCCUGGUGGACAUCCAUGAUCAGUCUGCAAUGUCGUACAUUAAGGCAAAAAAGCUUGGAAUCCGAUGUGCUGCUCUUCCCAUGAAUAAUCACUUGUACCUACACACGAAUGCUACCAAACGGCUCCCACUAAACCAUGUAGUCCAGAUCAUGCUGGACUUUAUGCUGCACCAUGACUGGCCUCGAGCAUUCAAGACACUCUCCAGCUACAAGUGCGUCCCAAAGACAGAGGAGGGCUGGAGACAGAAACAGAAACAAUUGAAACACUUAAGGCUAUCAAACAGGAACUUUACAAGGGAAAUGAAGUGAUAAGAGCACCACAUCUUGGACCCAAGAUCUGUAUCAGGAUACAAGAGAAUUCAAGAAAUGUAAAAGGAAAUAUUCACAAUUAAAAUAGAACAUCAACAGACUAUCUGGUUAUAGAGAAUGCAUUUAUAAUUAUUGAAAAACUGGCUUUAGAUUUUCACCUACGAGACAUGUGAUAUAUAUAUAUAUAUAUAUAUAUAUAUAUAUAUAUAUAUAUAUAUAUUCAACACGAUAUCUCACCAUAGAGAAUGUUAUAUACAUGAACCUUCAGCAUGAUAUCUCACCAUAAGGAAUGUGAUAUACCGGUACAUUCAGCAUGGUAUCUCACCAUAAGGAUGUGAUAUACAUUCAGCAUGAUAGAUAUAUAUUCAGCAUGGUUUCUCACCACAGAGAAUGUGAUAUACAUACAGCAUGUUAUCUCACCAUAGAGAAUGUGAUAUACGUUCAGCAUGGUAUCUCACCAGAAAAAAAUGUGAUAUACAUUCAGCAUGAUAUCUCACUAUAGACAAAGUGAUAUACAUCAUGCAAGAUAGCUCAACACAGAGAAUGUGAUAUACCGGGUACAUUCAGAAUGUUAUCUAAACAUAGAGAAUGUGAUAUACAUUCAGCAAGAAAGCUCAGCACUUAGAAUGUGAUAUACAUUCAGUAUACUAUCUAAACAAAGAGAAUGUGAUAUACAAUCAGCAUGAUAUCUAACAGAAGAGAAUGUAAAAUACAGGCAGCAUGAUACCUCACCAUUUUCAAACAAUAAAGAGACUAUUCAAAUGCUUAGAUUCUAUAAUGGGAUUUUAUUUGCAUGCAAUCAAAAUAGAUAUUGUUUGCUGCAUUUGAUAUAAUUGUUUGAGGAUCAAAGUUAUUUAUUAAAGAAGAAACAUUUAAUCCAGUAAACAACAUGGUCACCAGGGCUAAAAUUUUAUAAACGUUUCUUUUCCAACCACUUGUCUCGGAGUUUUAAUAUUAAGAGUGUACCUGUAACAUCUGCUAGGGUUCCACAACCAAAUUUGUUUUUUGAGGAGUAAAAUUCCAAGACGGCGUAACUGUAACUAUACAUUGCUGGAAUGGUUUCCUUGACGCCGCUAUAGUUUUAAGGGCAACACAAAACUUCUGAAUUGGAAAGUGGUGUAUAGAAGUUUCAUGACUGACUUUUUAAUAGUUACAUACUGCAUGACUGUUAACAGUUAUUUAAAACCAUACAAGACAUACACAAUACUUUAAUGCAUGGUAUGACACCAAUGCUUGGAUAACUUAUACAUGUACCAAAUCCCCAGAAAUUUAGAAUGCCCACGCCUGACUCCUGAAAUUAGAACCGAAGCGUAAGUCUUUACAUACCUGAGCUUAUCUUUACUUUGAUUAGCUUAAAGUGAUUGAACUUUAUAUAAACCAAUGCAGAAUCUUUGAACCCUGAUUAUUUGGUUGAUUAUGUUUUAACUUGCCAAUCUUUUUUUCGAAUCAUUUGUUUCAAUCAUAAGGCAAAGUAGCCUGAGGAAAAUGUAUAAAAGAGCGAUCCAUAUAAGCUCUACGACACCGAUUGAACAUAUAGCCGGCACGUUACAAUUGUAAUGUUAUUAAAUUUAUUGUUUUAAUGUUGAAAACAAUAAAAAAGUAAAAAUAAUUCUUAUGAUUUCAUGAGAAAAAGCAUGCAUACAUGUCACAGUGAUAGCAAACUUAUCUCUUCAACUUUGUAGACUGGGAUAGCUGCAAAUAGUUUACACCUUGCGUAAUUGGAUGUAUGGGGAAAAUAUCUGAAUGAAGCACUUUAUAUUAUAACAUUUCUUUUUCAUAUUUUAUAAGUGUUUGGAUAAUUCAAAGUUGUUUUAAUGUUUACUGCCUAAUAAAUACCAUGCAUCAAUAAAUAAACAAGAAAACA